UCCUUACUCAAAUCAUACGUAACGAGUAUGUCAACCGCCGAGAAGGAUUACGAUAUGCCCAGCUAUGCGGUAUUCUGUGGCAGCUUGGGAGCUGCCUCAGCAAUCAUCUUUUCAUCAUUCGGUGCCGCAUAUGGUACGGCAAUGUCUGGCAUUGGCAUUGCCACAAUGGCUGUUGCCAGGCCGGAACUAAUUAUGAAGGCCAUCAUACCGGUGGUGAUGGCCGGCAUUAUAGCCAUCUAUGGCCUGGUUGUGGCUGUGCUAAUUGCCGGUUCCAUUGAUGAACUUUAUACGAUACAAAAAGGUCUCCUCCAGUUGGGCGCUGGACUUGCAGUUGGCCUGGCCGGACUCUCGUCGGGAUUGGCCAUUGGCAUCACUGGAGAUGCAUGUGUUCGUGCAACAGCCCAACAGCCGCGUCUCUUUGUCGGCAUGAUUCUCAUCCUAAUCUUUGCCGAGGUACUGGGUCUAUAUGGUUUGAUUGUGGCCAUCUAUUUGUACACAAAGUUGUAAACAUUUAUUACUAUUAUUAUUAGCAGUCGGCUUUUGUAGAAUGCAGGCAAUCUAAGAAAUAUAUGUAAACAAUAUAUAGA